AUGCAUAGCUGGGAAAGACAAUUGAGAGAAGAUAAACCAAGAAAAAUUCCCAGAAAUCCAUCAUUUUCUUCUACCCUUCUUGACGAAAUCAUCAAUUCCAUCGAUGGAACUGACAAAAAAUCUGAGGUGCAUAAAGAAAAGCCCAUAAAAAAGCAUGGCGGUGGAAGGGCAAAAACUGGCAGCAAAAAAGAUGAAGAAAUGGGAAUUCUGUGGAAGGAGAAGGAAAUUAUUGCUCGAAGAAGGGCAGAAUUGGAGAAAUUAUGGAUACAAGAAAAUGAUUUGAUGUUUUUCAGUUCAAAUUCGAGUUCUUCAGACAGUUCUGGAGCACUCUCUUCAUCUGAUUCGGAGUUUUUUGGGGGUUCAUAUUCAACGAAGUCAAGAACUUCUUGUUUUUCUGCACCAAAGCUUAAACCUGUAAGAACAAGUGGAGGGGUUGAAAAUCACUCAUUUCAUAACCAAAAUGAGGAGUUUCUCCACCAAAAGAAGCGGGAAAAUAAAGUGGAUGACAAUUUGAUCAAAUCGAAAUCGAGGGCCAUGAAGAUUUAUGCCAAUUUGAACAAGGUGAAACAGCCUAUUUCCCCUGGAGUUCGCCUUACAAAUUUUAUCAACUCCCUAUUUGCGAAUUCGAAGAAAACGAAGAAAUCUAAUCCAGAUGGAGGGUUUGAAGAUUCAAAGAUGGAGAGAGAAUCAAAAUCCCAACAGGGUGCAUCAACCUGUUCAUCAGCAUCGUCAUUUCCAAGAUCAUGUUUGAUCAACAACUCCUCUAAACCAGUGGAGAAAAUGGGAGUUGGCAACAGACGAACGGUCAGAUUUCAUCCAGUUAAUGUCAUUGUUGAUGAAGAUUCUCAUUCUCACUCUCAUGGCCACAAAUCUGUGAAAAAACAUGACGUUUCUGAUAAAUUUGGAAGGCCACCAUUGCCUCCAGACUUCGGAUUUAGUCCAGGAGAGAAAAACAGAAGAAUUCAAGAUUCAACACGAGAUUAUUCCAAGGUUUAUCCUAACCAAAGGAAGGACGAUUUCUCGAUGUUGAGAAAUAUUCGCUGUAAAAUUGAAGAUGAUGAAGAAGACUACGACGAGGAGGAUGCAGCAAGUGAUUCAAGUUCGGAGUUAUUCGAGCUUGAUCACUUGGCAUUGUUUGGAAACAUGAAGAAAUUUUCUGAAGAACUUCCAGUCUAUGAAAAUACUCAUUUUGUUACAAAUCAUGCUAUUGCUAGUGGCUUGAUUCGAAAAUUAUGA